AUGUUAUUGAACUGUGUUAGUCGCAAAUAACAUUUCCAGCCAGCAAGAUGGACUCGAGCAACGUAUUCAAUCCUGCUAUUAGAGUAAAAAAAGAGCCUUGUGAUGAGCCCCUCAAUGAUAAUAAUGAUUACAAAAUAAUUGACGCAACACCCGUUACUCAAAAUGUUAAAUGCGUGAUGUUUCGGGAAGAAAAUUCAACCCAAGAGCUUCUUCAAGAAUACGACGAAAAUCAUAAAAAUGAACUUGACGACCUGGAAAUCGAAAUGGAAUGUACAGACAUGAAGCCCAAUUUAUUGGCAGUUGUGAAAAUUGAAGUUUAUUCUCCCAAUCAAUAUCCGGAUAGUGAUGAGUAUAAAAAUAGAAGCAAAAUUAAAUUAGAAACUGUCGCGGUGCUGAAGAAAGAAAUUUUGAAGGAAGAAGAAUCUGAUUUAAAUUCAGGACGUGGACUCAGCGAGAAAAAUGAAACAGGAUGUGUUUCAGAAGAGGUCAACUCUAAACAUAGGCUCAAAACUCAUACUGAAUCAGUCCGUAAUGGUAAUAUCAUACCUGCAUGUGAUAUUUGCGGAAAAGUGUUCAAACUAAGAGGUCAUCUCAAUAGGCACAUCGAUUCGGUGCAUCGUAAAAUCACGCAUUCAUGCGAUAUAUGCCUAAAGACAUUCUCAAAUAAAAGUAAUCUUAAAAUACACAGUGAUUCAGUGCAUAAUGAAGUCAGACAUGCAUGCGAUAUAUGCCAAAAGACAUUCUCAGAUAAGGGUUAUCUAAAAACCCACAUCGAAUCGGUGCAUUAUAGGGUCAGACAUGCAUGCAAUAUAUGCCAAAAGACAUUCUCAGACAAGAGUAAUCUCAGAAAGCACAUCGAUUCGAUGCAUCGUAAAAUGAGGCACGCAUGUGAUAAAUGCCGAAAGACAUUCUCAGACAGGAGUAGUCUCAAAAAGCAUAUGGAUUCGAUGCACAAUGGAAUAACCCACGAAUGUGAUAAAUGCCGAAAGAUAUACUCAAACAAAAGUAGUCUCAAAAAGCAUAUAGAUGCGGAGCACAAUGGAAUCACCCAUCCAUGUGAUUUCUGUCAAAAAAAAUUUAAAUACCAAUCUCAUCUUAAUAAGCAUAUCAAAUUAUCGCAUAAUGGUAUUACUCAUGCAUGCGAGACAUGCGGAAAGAUGUUCGGACAGAAAAGAAAUCUCAAAGACCACCAAAUAGCACAUCACCCACGCAUUAGUGCGAAAUAAAUUGAUUAAACGUAUGUUCAAUGUUGUAUAAAACAGCUUCAAAACUAGUCGCAACGUUCGUUGCACAAAGCUGAGCGAAGUUAGGCGAACGUAACAAUUAAUUUUAGUUAUUGAAACAGAUCAAUUUACUUUUUUUAUAAAUAUUAAGUAAUUUUUCAAAUAAAUUUCUCCUUAUUCAGAAUGAUUGUAUAAGAGUGUAUAAUUUAAUUAGGCGAUUACUUAAAACUGCAAGAAAUACUUAUAAAAAAUAGGUUGACAUAAAAUUGUAGAUUUCUUAAAACAGCGAUAUUUUUUUCUGAUAAUAAGUUAAUUCAAAGACUAUUGAUUCGCGGCAUCGUUGGUCGUCAGUGUCGACGCAGAAAUAUGUAUCGGGAGCAAGUACGACAGAUUAUUUAAAACUAAACAUUUAAAUAAAUUUGAUAAUUGCCAUGACAAAGUAUAUAAUUAUAACUCGGAACAAAUUAUGAUUCUUUGCAUUAUUGGUACUUGGACUUUAUUUAAAAAUUUUGAGAGCUACCAGCUGAGUGAGUCCAAGGUCUUGGACACAGUCAUACGAAAUCUUGCAGUAGCUAAAGCGGCAUCCUUCAAAAAUACGACAAGCGAAGUGCAUUUUUGAAAAAUUUAAAACGCCAGAAAUCGCAAAGGAAGAAAGAAUUGAAGACACAAAUUAUCGCGAAAAAGACUCAUCAAAUAUCUGUAUCUACUGUAAAGUACGCAACGAUUUAUAACAAAUCGAAUGAUAAAACUGUAUCAACUACUAAUUUGACGCAACUGUAAGUGUAAAAGUUAAUAGCCGAUGAGAUCAAACGAUAUCGAUUUAACGUA